CCGCCUCCCCGACCAGUGGACACCUCUCCGCCUCCCACCGGCGUCUAACCUCCUGGAUCGGGCUGCGGAGCCCCGGCGGGUUUUCAGCAUCAUGGAGUCCCGCUACGCGCUGCUGCUUUGCUGCCUCUCCCUCGCCGCGUGCGCCUCGCACCCUCUGGAGCCCUUCGACUCCCUCUUCGACACGGCGGUGGAAGCCUACUACAAGGGGGACUGGCUGACGGUGAUCCUGAACAUGGAGAAGGCGCUGCGGAACAAAGCCACGGUCCGCAGCGUCAAGGCUCAGUGCCGGCUGGGCUGCGCCAACCAGACCGCCUUCGGGGGUCCCUCGUCCGGCCCGGGAGCCGCCGUGCCGGGCGCCGGCUCCGUGGAGGACCUGGGCUUCUUCCAGAAGAUCCUCAAGCGGGCCGACUGCGUGAACUCGUGCGAGGCGGAGAAACUGGGCACCCCGACGGUGCACUGGGUCACCGCAGAAGUGGAGCUGGAGUUCAAGAAGAGGACCCCGUACAAUUACCUGCAAGUGGCAUAUUUUAAGAUCAACAAGAUGGACAAGGCAGUAGCAGCGGCCCACACGUUCUUCCUGGCCAACCCGGAUCACAUGGAGAUGAAACAGAACCUGGACUACUACAAGAUGAUGGCCGGGGUGGAGCCGGAGGACUUCAGAGAUCUGGAGGCCAAGCCGCACAUGGCGGAGUUCCUGCUGGGGAAGAGCUACUACAGCGACGACUCCUUCGGCCUGGCCGCGGGCCACUUCGAGGCGGCGCUGGACGAGUACUUCGCUGCCGACAAGGAGUGCAGGGCGCUGUGCGAGGGCUCCUACAACUACGACGGCUACAACUACAUGGAGUACAGCGCCGACCUCUUCCAGACCAUGACAGACCACUACAUGCAGGUGCUGAGCUGCAAGCAGCACUGCGCGGUGGAGUUGGCCUCAACGGCGGGCAAAGACGAGCCCUUCGAGGACUUCCUGCCCGCGCACUUCAACUACCUGCAGUUCUCCUACUACAACAGCGAGAAGUACGAGCAGGCCGUCGAGUGCGCCCGGACCUUCCUGCUGUUCCACCCCGGGGACGAGGUGAUGAGCCAGAACCUGGCUUAUUAUUCCGCCGUGCUGGGCGAAGACAAGGCGCGCGCCGUCGCCGCCAGACAGGUGGUGCAGCUGCAUAUCCAGCAGUCCAUAUUGGAAAAAGAGCUGCUCUACUUUGGGUACGAAGCCUUCGGAAUCACCUUUGUCGAUCCGGACGCGUGGACUCCUGAAGAUGUCAUGCCUAAGAAGCUGAGGGACAAGCAGAAGGCGGACAGAGAAACCACGGCGAGGAUCACGGAGGAGAUAGGAAACCUCAUGAAGGAGAUUGAGACUCUGGUCGAGGAGAAGAAGAAGGAUUCUUCGGAGAUGGCCAUGAUCAUAGCGCCUCAGGAAGGCGGCGCCCCGUUGCCCGGGGACAUCAAGGUGACCAUGACGGCCAGUCAGCUGAACGGCUCUCAGCGGGUGCUGCUGGACGGGGUGACCAGCGAGGACGAGUGCAGGGAGCUGCAACGCCUCUCCAAUGCAGCUGCUGUGAAGGGCGACGGCUACAGGGGGCGGCCCUCCCCCCCUUCCCCCAGGGAGACUUCCCAGGGAGUCCCCUCCCGGAGGGCCGGGAGGCUCGGGCAGGAGGGGACGGUUCCGCUGAAGAGCGCUCGUCUGUUCUUUGACACCAGCGAGAAGGUGAAGAAGAUGCUGGAGUCGUACUUCCGCCUGGAGGCCCCCCUGUACUUCUCCUACUCACACCUGGUCUGUCGCUCCGCCAUCAACGAGAAGCAGGAGCAGCGCGAGGACCUGAGUCACCCUGUUCACGUGGACAACUGUCUGCUGGUCUCCGAGCUGAACGAGUGCAUAAAGGAACCUCCGGCAUACACACACAGAGACUACAGCGCCAUCCUUUAUCUGAACGGUGACUUUGAGGGAGGAGAAUUCAUCUUCACUGAGCUGGAUGCCAAAACAGUCACGGCCGAGGUGCGUCCGCGGUGCGGUCGCGUGGUCGGGUUCGGAGCCGGGCGGGAAAACCCCCACGGCGUCAGAGCCGUCACCGGGGGCCAGAGGUGCGCGGUGGCGUUGUGGUUCACGCUGGAUCCCGCCCACGAGGAAAAGGAGAGAAUCCAAGCUCAGGAGAUGCUGGAUAUGUUUUCCACGCCGGUGAACGCAGAGUUCAUCAAGAAGGAGGCGGGCGGCGCCUCAGAGGCCCCACCGACCACGGCUGAACCUGCCGCACGGGCGGACCAGGGAAAGACAGACGGCACGAGGGGCGACGCGCCGGCGAAGCUGAGGCCGGACGCGCCGGCAGGCGACGUGGCCGCCGACCCGGCAAAGGUCCGGGCGGAGGCGGAGGCGGAGCCGGAGCCGGUCGGCAAAACGAAACCAGGCGCCAAGGUCAAAGCCGCUCCGAAAGCGAAGGCCAAGGCGGCGAGCAAAGCCAAACCUGCUGCCAAAAAGGACGGGAAGCAGACGGUUAAGACGCAACCCGAGCAGGCGGCCAAAAAGGACGCAAAACCGGCGGCAAAAAAGACGGUAAAAGUCACCAAGAAGGACUCCAAAAACGCCGAAGCCAACGCCGCGUCGUCCUCAGACUCUCAGAGCGGCAAGGAGGAGCUGUGACCAAAGCAGCACCAGAGACUGUGUCCCCCUCCCCCCCCAGUCCACACGUCCCCCGUGGGGGGGAGGAGGGGGGAGGUUGAGUCCGAUGUGCGUGAAAUCAUCACACGAGCGCUCGACAAUCUGCUGAAGCGCCCCAAGCUGCCUGCGUCUGUACAGAUAGUUCCUGCUUCCAUCGCUGUUUGCGUUCUCCAGGUGGGGGGGGGGGGGG